AUGGGGACUCCCACCAAGAGUGACUACCCACUGACUGUGGGCCCCAAGCGUCUGUGUCUGGUGUGUGGUGACGUGGCCUCUGGCUACCAUUAUGGUGUGGCAUCGUGUGAAGCGUGCAAGGCAUUCUUCAAGCGCACCAUCCAAGGGAACAUUGAGUACAGCUGUCCGGCCUCCAAGCAGUGUGAGAUCACCAAGCGAAGGAGGAAAUCCUGCCAGUCCUGCCGCUUUGCCAAGUGUCUGAAGGUUGGAAUGCUGAGAGAAGGGGUCAGACUGGACCGUGUACGAGGAGGCCGGCAGAAAUACAAGAGGCGCCAGGACCCUGAGGACAACGACUUCACCAGACCACUAAUACCCUCUGCCCAUAAGAAACCAUGGACGAGGAUUGUUUCGUACCUUCUGCUAGCAGAGCCAGAGAAGAUCUUUGCCAUGGCAGAUCCCACUGUUCCUGAUAGUGAUAUCAAAGUGCUGAGCACGCUGGUUGACCUCGCUGACCGAGAACUUGUCAUGACCAUCGGAUGGGCCAAACACAUUCCAGGAUUCCCCUCCCUCUCCCUGGCAGAUCAGAUGUGCCUACUACAAGGAGCCUGGAUGGAGAUCUUACUGCUGGGAGUUGUGUUCCGCUCUCUGCCGUACCAGGAUGAGCUGUUAUAUGCUGAGGACUACAUCAUGGACGACAUGCGGUCCCGGGUCUGCGGUCUGCACAAUCUCUACAUCUGUACAAUGCAGCUGGUACAACGAUACCGCAAACUCCGCAUGGACAAGGAGGAGUACGUCACACUGAAGGCCCUAGUGCUCACUAACUCAGACUCGGCACACAUUGAGGACGGGAGGAGUGUUCAGGAUUUGCAGGAUCUGCUUCAGGAGGCACUACAUGAGUAUGAGCUGAGCCAUCACUGUGAUGAGCCGCGGAGAGUCGCUCAGCUUCUGCUCACUCUUCCUCUCCUGCGACAGACUGCCAGCAUGGCGGUCCAGCACUUUCACAGUGUGCGGGCUCAGGGCAGAGUGCCAAUGCACAAACUAUUCCUGGAAAUGUUGGAGGCAAAAGUGUGA